AUGCUCUGGCCGAAACUAGGGUUUGAUUAUCCGUCUCCAAAUCCAGAGAAGCAUACGCCAUGUCCACGGAGAGGAAGCGCAAGGUCAGCCUCUUCGACGUCGUGGACGAAGCAGCGGUCUCGGCGAAGAUGUCUCGGAUUAACGGCUCGUUAGCUGGUGGCGCUGCGGCAGCGCUUCUGCCGGCGACGAUAAACCGAUGGACCGGACGGACAUACUCACAAAGGUUCUUCGAUAUCCUCGAAAAGAGGAAGACACUUCCCGUGUGGCAGCAGAAAGAUGAGUUCCUUCAAGUUCUCCGUGACAACCAGACCCUUAUUCUUGUCGGGGAAACUGGGAGUGGCAAGACCACCCAGAUCCCUCAAUUUGUUUUGGAAGCGGAAUUCUUAGGAAAACGUCCGAUGGUCGCUUGUACGCAACCUCGCAGAGUGGCCGCAAUGUCUGUUUCUCGUCGGGUUGCUGAGGAGAUGGAUGUAACAAUCGGAGAAGAGGUUGGUUAUAGUAUUCGAUUCGAAGAUUGCAGCAGCCCUAAAACUAUUUUGAAGUACCUAACUGAUGGUAUGCUUUUAAGAGAAGCAAUGGCCGACCCUCUUUUGGAGAGGUAUAAGGUGAUUAUCCUUGAUGAGGCUCAUGAGAGAACCUUGGCAACUGAUGUUCUUUUCGGUCUUCUUAAAGAGGUUCUAAGAAAUAGGCCCGAUCUAAAAUUAGUCGUCAUGAGCGCGACUCUUGAAGCUGAGAAAUUUCAAGGAUAUUUUAAUGGAGCUCCGUUAAUGAAGGUACCUGGAAGGCUCCAUCCUGUAGAGAUAUUUUAUACUCAAGAUCCUGAGAGAGAUUAUUUGGAAGCCGCAAUCAGGACUGUAGUACAGAUUCACAUGUGCGAACCCCCUGGCGACAUUCUCGUCUUCCUCACCGGAGAGGAGGAGAUUGAGGAUGCCUGUCGGAAAAUUACAAAGGAAGUCAAUAAUUUGGGUGAUCAAGUUGGUCCUAUUAAAGCAGUCCCUCUCUAUUCCACUUUGCCUCCGGCAAUGCAACAAAAGAUAUUCGAGCCCGCUCCCGCUCCUCUAAAGGAUGAUGGUCCGCCCGGACGGAAGAUCGUUGUAUCGACUAACAUUGCAGAGACUUCUCUAACUAUAGACGGCAUAGUUUACGUUAUAGAUCCCGGUUUCUCAAAACAAAAGGUUUAUAACCCGCGAAUUCGUGUCGAGUCAUUGUUAGUUUCUCCUAUUUCAAAAGCGAGCGCUCAUCAGAGAUCAGGGCGUGCCGGCAGAACUCAACCUGGGAAAUGCUUUAGACUCUACACUGAAAAAAGUUUUAGCAACGAUCUACAGCCGCAGACCUAUCCUGAAAUUCUCAGAUCGAAUCUGGCGAACACUGUUCUAACAUUGAAGAAACUUGGCAUCGAUGAUCUCGUUCAUUUUGAUUUUAUGGAUCCGCCUGCACCGGAGACUCUGAUGCGUGCCUUGGAAGUUUUGAACUACUUGGGUGCUUUGGAUGACGAUGGAAACUUAACGAAGUUGGGUGAAAUCAUGAGCGAAUUUCCGUUGGAUCCGCAGAUGUCGAAGAUGCUUGUUGUUAGCCCAGAGUUUAAUUGUUCUAAUGAAAUUCUAUCUGUUUCGGCAAUGCUAUCUGUACCCAAUUGCUUUGUGCGGCCUAGGGAAGCUCAAAAAGCUGCUGAUGAAGCAAAAGCUCGGUUUGGCCACAUCGACGGAGAUCACCUUACUCUUCUAAACGUUUAUCACGCCUACAAGCAAAACAAUGAAGAUCCUUCUUGGUGUUUUGAUAACUUUAUAAACCAAAGGGCUCUGAAGGCUGCGGACAAUGUGAGGCAGCAACUAGUGCGUAUUAUGGCGAGAUUCAACCUCAAGCUUUGCAGCACGGAUUUCAACAGCCGUGAUUAUUAUGUAAGCAUAAGAAAAGCAUUGCUUUCAGGAUACUUUAUGCAGGUAGCUCAUCUGGAAAGAACUGGGCAUUACUUGACAGUGAAGGAUAAUCAGGUUGUUCAUCUUCAUCCUUCAAACUGCUUGGAUCACAAGCCUGAAUGGGUAAUCUACAAUGAAUACGUUUUAACCAGCAGGAACUUUAUUCGCACAGUCACAGAUAUUCGUGGCGAGUGGUUAAUAGACAUAGCUCCACACUACUACGACCUCAGCAACUUCCCCUCAUGUGAGGCAAAGCGAGUACUGGAGAGGCUGUACAAUAAGCGUGAGAAAGACAAACAAGACAGUAAGAACAGGAAAUAAGUAAAGCUCAUAUAUACAUUCUCUGCUCUACUAAAGAGCUAUAUAAACUUUUAGUAGAACAAGAGAUCUACAUAACUUUGUGUUGCAUGAAAUUAUGGCAUUUGUAUUCUGCUCUAUCUUUGAAAUUCUAUCUAAUUUAUGCUAUAGAUCUAGAUACUGCUUGUUUAAAGAACAAAUUAAGGUUUACAUUUACAUUUUCUGCUUGCAUUAUUUUACCGUUUUCGUAUGACGCUGUUGAGACUGACUGAGUCUGU